GGACUACCACGCGAAGAACGUGUGGUGCAGCGAUGUUCGAUGAAUGGAACGUUCGACUUGCCGGAGUGCGUACCUUCCGAGUGCCACAUCCUUAGUUUUGGAAACAAUACAAUUACCUCUAACCCAAAACGUGCAUUACACUACCAGCAAACCUUACAAGUCAGUUGUAUAGAAGGACACAGGUAUACCGACGGGAAUAUAACAAUCAAUAUUACCUGUUUGGCCAAUGGUAGCCUAAGCUAUGGCGCUUUGGAAGAUUGCCGGCCAGUAGAGUGCCUGGAGCCAAAUGUGGGAAAUGCUGCGAUUAAUUCCACGGCGUCAGCAACUGGUGUGUAUCGUUACCGUGAUGUCAUCACUAUUUCUUGUGAUCCUGGGUAUAUGUUGUCAAAUAUGGCGGCGUCUGUCAAUCUUACAUGCAGUGAAAAUGGUGCCUUUGAAUUCCAGUCCGUGCAUUGCGAAAAAUCCCAUGGUGUUUCUUUAAACCCGAUUAUAGACAUUCGUACCUAUCUUAUAGCAGGAGGUAUUGUGGCAGGGAUAGUGAUUUUUUGUCUUCUUAUAAUCGCAAUUUUGUUUACAGGAAGGAGAACUUCCCGCAAUUCCAAACGGCACAGUGCUGAGUUACCAGACGUAAUCUAUCAGAACAGCAACCUUGGCAAUACAACAGGUACCAGCCAAACCAACAUUUUGCUUCCGCGAGAUACACCGUCGAAUACCUAUUCUGCGGAUAUGACCGGCAGUAGUCAAACUCAACCAAGUAGUCUGGCUGGCUCGGCUGUGUAUGCUGUACCGGACAAAGGAAAGAAAGCGACUGUUCAACUGAACCAUGCCGAGAUUGAAACAGAAACUGGUUUUCAACAUGAAUGUGACUCAUGGCCCGACCAUAGCGACAUCUAUAGGGAGUCAGUGUCUCCGCGGCAGUCGACAAAUAGAGAUGACGCAAUCGAGAUGAUGGAGAACGACAUUUAUGAGAGCAAUGAAUGAUCUAGCACAACGCCCAUGAUUUUAAAAGCUAUAUAUGGUUGUUGAAAUGGAAAAUGGUAUUUGUAUAAUAAUAGGAUACUAAUUUAGCAUGAUACAUGUACCCCGUAUAAUAUUAUGUUAUGUUACUAUGUGGAAAGACGAUUAUUUAGGCCUAUACAGGGGCUGAUCCAGGGUUACUUGAAGGGGGGCUCCGGGUUUUUAUUACGAAUGACAGGCCUCAGAUGCGAAGCCAACCCUCCCACCAACCCCCCUCCCUUUGGCGCGGGCCCGCUGAAUGGCCCCUAAAAUUUUGGUAUUUUAGAGGGCGAACAGUGACAUGAUUUGGUACAGUUUAAAACUAUGAUUCAGCUAGUAAAAAUUCUAAUUUCAAGAGGGGACUAUUGGUGUGGCUUUUUUCAGAAACCUAAGGGAAGGGGGUCAAGACCUCCCUGACACCCCACACUCUAAAUCUGAAACUUAUAGGCCAGUUAUGUGAUGACAUUCAUUCAAAAGUCUUACUUUUUACAGGCCCGUAGCCAGCAAUUUCAAAAGGGGGGGUUCUUUUUCUGAAAAAGUGGACCUUUUACCAUAUA